AUGGCACCUCCAAGAGAAACUAAAAAGAGAACCACCAGAAGAAAGAAGGACCCAAAUGCUCCUAAGAGAGCAUUGUCAGCAUAUAUGUUCUUUGCUAAUGAAAACAGAGAUAUUGUGCGUGCUGAGAACCCAGACGUAACGUUUGGUCAAGUGGGUAGAAUCCUCGGUGAAAAAUGGAAAGCACUAACACCAGAUGAGAAAACUCCUUACGAGGCAAAGGCUGAAGCUGACAAGAAGAGAUACGAGUCUGAAAAGGAACUGUAUAAUGCUACGCGGGCCUCCAAAGAGGAAUUCUAA